CAGAUACCAGUGACGGCGAACAGCAGAAUAGAGACAGAAUUCAGUCUUAAAAAACCCACAGCGCUGGGAACAACUUGAUAAAAGUGCCACAACAUUUUUGUAGACCGGUUUUUUUUCAUUCAUUCGCACAACUGUAAAAAAAUGGCAUCGAACAGGGCUACGAAAAGUGGAUUUGCCGCGGAGGCACAAAGAAAAGUUAAUGCCAAAUAUAGCGAGGAGCUGGCCUCUGAAUCGCUAGAAUGGAUCAGUAAGGUGACAGGGGAUAAUAUCAACACCGCAGGUGAUAUGGAUAAUUUUUACGAAGUACUGAAAGACGGUACCCUCCUUUGCAAAUUAGUCAAUGCUAUCCAAAGCGGCAUCGUCAAAAAAGUGAACAACAGUCAGAUGGCCUUCAAGUGUAUGGAGAACAUCAACGCCUUCUUGGAUGCCGCCAGGCAAUUGGGAGUACCGGCUCAAGAAACAUUCCAAACCGUAGACCUCUGGGAACGACAAAACCUCAAUUCUGUUGUUAUUUGUUUGCAGAGUUUGGGCAGAAAAGCUGGACAAUUUGGAAAACCAAGCAUUGGACCUAAAGAAGCAGAGAAAAACGAAAGAGUUUUUUCAGAAGAAAAGCUGAAAGCAGGUCAGACCAUCAUUGGGCUCCAAAUGGGCUCAAACAAGGGAGCUAACCAAUCAGGCAUCAACUUUGGUAACACCAGACACAUGUAAAAACAACGAAACUGAACUCAGAAGAGAUAUAAUACUUGUUUUGGACACUUAAUUUCAAUUACGUAAAAAAAUAUAUAGUUGAAACAACUAUAAACUCUACCUACGUCAUCAAUAGUAGAUUUUCUUUUAUUCUAGAACCAACCACAGGGGGUUAUAAAAUAACGAAAAAAAAAGAAGUAUUAUAGUUUUUCUUCUGUAAAAUCAACUGAAGAUAAUUUUAAGAGUUAUAAUAUUUAUAUAAACUUAAGUAUUUUAUAAAACAGGUAUAUCGAAAGUUAUAUUAGAUGAAAGAGGUAUAAUUAGAGUAUGUACUGUACAUUUUAAAAGUCUCUCUAAAAGUAUAGGACUGUUUUUUUGAUAGAAAUAAAGUUUCUGUAUAUUUUUUUUAUUAAUUAUUUAUUUUUCUCUCGUAUAUAAUGUGCCUUCGAAUAAUUGUGGUAGUUAUUAAAUAAUAUACUCUAUUCUAGUGGCUUCCAGUUAUAUUGCAUUCCAGAAUUGUUUAUUUUGAUAAAAAAGGAUAUUUAAUGUUAUUUUUUACGUUCUUGAUAUUUUUUAUAAGAUUGUCAAUUAUGUUUUUUAAAGAAAUUCUUUAUUUAGUGUUAAGGAAAUGCACAUUCCUUUGUCAUUGUCAAUUUUUUCUAAUAAGACCAAUCUAUAUAGUUCGAGAAAUAUAGAUACUAUUUUUUUCUCUU